AUGAUUAUUAAUUACUCAAAAAAUUUAAAAAAAUACAAAAAAAAAAUAAAAAAGGACCAACUUUCAAGAGUAACUCUUUGCGAUUUUGAAGUGCGUUAUUUGGCAAAUUUGAAUAGAUACACAGUUCAAUGUGCUCUUUUAAUUAAUAUAAUUAAUGAAAAAGUUUUUACAUUUUUUUGGCUUUGGUAUUGCCUUCUUUUGUGUAUUACUACCUGUUCAACAUUAUUUUGGUUAACAAAUAUUUUAUUACAUGCAGCAAAAGUUGAUUAUAUUUUACGUUUUAUGCAAAUAGCCGAAAAUUCUUGUCAAUUUAUUAAUCCAAAUAUUCAAUCAACCCCUUUUCCUCAAAGGACAAGAAUUGCUGAAGAAGAGGGAGAUUAUUUGAUUGAGGGAGGUGGACAUUCUUUUGUCCCUUUUCGAGUACCAAAUCAACAUGGAAUUGAUAAAUUUGUUGAUGAUUUUUUAAAAUCUGAUGGGUUAUUUAUUCUUCGUAUGAUUGCUAACCAUGCAGGUGAAUUGGCUGUUGUUGGAAUUGUGAAACAUUUAUGGAAGUAA